ACAUUUGCAGUGUUUUGUGUUGGAGCGGCGGGGUCCAUUGUUUGUGUCAGAAACAUGGGGGAAGCCGAGCCCGUUCCUGCGGACGAGAAACAGGCCGACUCUGGGUUAAGUUCUACUGAUGAGUCGGUGAUAUGGAGCCAAGAGGUGGAAGUGUGCCUCUUUCAUGCUAUGCUGGGUCAUAAACCUGUUGGUGUAAACCGUCACUUUCACAUGAUAUGUAUUCGGGACAAGUUCAGUCAAAAUAUUGGAAGACAGGUGUCGUCGAAAGUCAUCUGGGACCACCUUAGUACGAUGUAUGAUAUGCAAGCUUUGCAUGAAUCCGAAAUAUUGCCUUUUCCUAAUUCUGAAAAGACCUUUGUACUACCAGAAGAGAUCAUUCAAGAGGUGAAAGAAGGUAAACUGGGCUCUGAAGAUGAUGUGAAGGAAGAGUUUAAAGAGGAACGUGAUCCUCCUGCAACGCAUGAAGAAGGCAGCAACUCCUCGGUGAAGAUGGCCGUGGAGAAGCCAAGCGUGCGGGACAAGGAGAGGGAGCGGGAACGGGAGCGGUCCGAGAGGGCCCAGGGUGAGCCCGCGCAGCCCAAGGAGGUGGUGGGGGAGAAGAGGAAGAGGAACCGGGCCACCGAGAAGGUGCUCAGCUCCAGCAACCCCUCCAGCCCUGGCGGGGCCAAGCGGCGGCGGACGUAGAGUCCCCCGAAAAAGGAACGGUGCCCCGUGAUGGACGUAGCCCCGAAGCCCCGAGACAAAUGGCAGGUGUCCUGACGCAGUUAUUUGGG